AUGGGCAGCUUCGAGCCGCCGCGGGCCGCGAGCCCGAGGCCCGACGACGAGGACCGCGACCCGGCGCCGCCGCCGCGGCUGCCGACGCCGCGCGUCGACGUCGAGGCGCACCGGCUCAAGGUCCAGCGGUUGGCGCUGCCGGCCUGGUGGCUGCCCUGCGAGCGCUGGAAGCUCGUCUGGCACGACGACUUCGACUACGACGGCCCGCCGGACCCGCGGAAAUGGGGGUUCCAGACGUCGUGCAACCGGUGGAUCCACGACACGGACCACGCGGAGCUCCAGCACUACACGUCGGGGCGGCGGGAGAACGCCUGGGUCGAGGGCGGCGUGUUGCGGGUCACGGCGCGGCGCGAGCCCUGGGGCGACCACGCCUACACGUCCGCGCGGCUCCACACGAAGCUCAAGGGCGACUGGCUCUACGGCCGCAUCGAGGUCUGCGCGCGGCUGCCGCCCGCGCGGCGGGGCCUCUGGCCCGCGCUCUGGCUGCUGCCGACGGACAGCAAGUACGGCCGCUGGCCCCGGUCCGGCGAGAUCGACCUCUGCGAGAACAUCGGCUGGCAGCCACCGGGGACGAUCCACACGUCCGUGCACACGGCCGUGCACAACCACCGCGAGCGGACGCACAGUCACGCGGCGACGACCGUCGCGGACGCGCACGACAAGUUCCACGUCUACUCCCUCGUCUGGCGGCCGACGCAGCUCCUCCUCUGCAUCGACGGCGAGACGGUCCACUCCUUCGAGCGCGGCGAGGCGCCCCCCGAGUGCACGGACUGGCCCUUCGACCAGCGCUUCUUCCUCCUCAUCAACCUCGCCGUCGGCGGCACCUGGGGGGGCAAGCACGGCGUCGACGACGCCGCGCUCCCCGCGAGCCUCGAGAUCGCCUACGUCCGCGUCUUCCAGGAGCGCUAG